UUCCAUUUAUUUUUAAUUUAUUUACUUGAAAAUGCCUAAGUGAACCUUCAUUGAUAGACGCAGUACAAAAAUAUCAAUACAUAAACUCAAAAAUAAAGAACGUAAAGAAACAAGGUCACAACUAAUAGACAAUGAUAGAUAUCUCGUAACAUUUACAAGAUCAUAUUAGUAGAUGUUAAGUAAAUAAAAUACAAUAGUUUUUUUGCACCAAUAUGUUUAUCUGUUAAAGGAACAUAAUUUUUAAAUUAUUCAAAGUCGUGAGUCUUAAGUCAAAUGCGAUUUAUUUUUUUAAAGUACGAAAUAGUGGUUUUGACUUCCAUUGAUUUGGAGUAUGUAAUUACCAUUCCGGUUGUAUUUAUAACAGUACAAAUAUUGCAUGUAAUAUUUUUUUUUCUUGUUGGCAGAGAACCAAGAAGGGUAUCUAAAAUCUGUGUCAUUAUCAUCUUUUUUUGUCUAUAAUUCUUAUUUAUUGGUUCUUGACGUCAUGAAAUGUUUCACUAUCAAUUUAAUUUUUUACAAAUAAUAGAACCUUGUUAUAGUUUAUCUCAAACUAAAGCCAUUUGGAGACUAAUCAUGGAAUCUUUGUUAGUAGAAUUAGUAUAUGUAAUAUAUUUAAUGAGGGCAGGAGUACUACUACCAUUUGAUAUUAGUGCGGAGUUCCCACAGACAGGGAAAAACUAGGGAACUGAAAAGGUGUCUUCAAAACCUGGAAAACACAGGGAAAUUGACAAAUUGUUAGUUACCAAACUGGAGGUGUAGUUUUUAAUACUGAUUUGUUCCUUUAAUGUCUAAUAAUUAUUAUUUUUUAAUCACUUAGUAAAUCAACAGUGUGUUGAUUUAAUUGUUAAAGCACAAUCAAAUGUAAAUAGUCAUUCACCUGGUCAGAAUCAAUAAGUUUUCUUUCAAAUUUUGAUCAAAUCUAGUGGGUUUAAAUAACAGACUGGUAGCAUUUGUUGUAUAGCAUUAAUGAAAAUGACAGUGAUAACUGGUAUUGCGCAAGAAAGGCUUUUAUGUUCAUUUUUACAUGUUAUGUUGUUUCUUUAAGUAUUGGUGUUUUAAUAUAUUUAUGUAACAUUGUGAUAUUAAUGAGAUGGGGGGAAAUGUUUGGUUGGACAGGGUAACAAGGAAAACUUAGGGAAACUCUUAGAGUAAGUGUUUGGGAACCCUGAAGUGAUUCCAUAUGAUGAUUAAAAUAAUAAUUUUAGAAUCAGUUGAGGUACCGUAAACUGGGGAUACUUUGAACACGGGGGAAACUUUGAACACUUUUUCAGAAAUUGAUAUUGACGUCUAUAGAAAGUUUUCCUGUCUAAUUUCACAGGUAAAACUUAUGUUGGUAUGUUUUUUGUACUAUAUUUAAGCGUUUUGGUGCAACUGGCCUACAGAGGUUUUACUCAUAUCUCUUUGGUGGAUAUUCAAAAUGGUUGCUAAUUUUCACUAAAAUUAUUAUCUGGGACAACUUUAAUCUCUAAAAAGAUAAUGCCAAGAAAACAUUUUCGUAGGAUAGAUGCACGUGCAUACCAGAAUUAUACCACACAAAAUCUGGAUCAAGCUCUGAAAAAUGUGUUGCAAGGGAAAAUGACAUUAAGAAAAGCUAGUAAGCAAUUUUCUAUUCCAUUGGGAACCCUAAGCCAUAAGUUAAGAAAUAAACGCACAAAUAGCAUUGGACGACCAUUAGUAUUUUCUGCCGAUGAAGAAAAUAGUUUUGUUGACCACUUGAUAAAGGUUGCUGAAUGGGGAUUUCCGUUCAACACAUUAGACCUGAGAAUGAUGGCUAGUGCAUAUUUAAACAUUAGAGGCCGCACAGUACCCUGUUUUAAGAAUAACAUUCCGAGUAGUGAUUGGGCCUUAGCCUUUCUGAACAGGCACAGAGCCAAAAUAUCCAGACGUAUGGGUCGAAACAUCAGCAUAAGUAGGGCUUCCUUAUCUGCUGAAACAGUAAAGCAGUACUUUGACAAUCUGACUGCUACACUGUUAAAUGAUGAUGGUACUGAAGUCUCGCCAACAACCAUAUUCAACUAUGACGAGACUAAUUUGUCUGAUGACCCUGGCCAAAAGAAAUGCAUUUUUAAGAGAGGGGUCAAAUAUACAGAUAGAGUUCGAAGCAGUACCAAAAGCUCAAUAUCCAUUAUGUUCUGUGGUUCAGCAUGUGGUUCUAUGUUGUCUGCAUAUGUUGUCUAUAAGGCAGAGCACAUAUGGUCCACUUGGACAGAAGGUGGUCCACCAAACACUCGAUAUAAUCGCAGCAAGAGUGGAUGGUUCGAUAUUGUUACUUUCAGUGACUGGUUUGAGACAGUGUUCGUUCCACAUGUGAAGAACAUUCCUGGGAAAAAAGUCUUGAUAGGUGACAACCUGAGCAGCCAUUUCAGCGAACGUGUUCUGAAGCUGGCACAAGAAAAUGACAUCGCCUUCACCUGUUUACCAGCAAAUGGUACUCACCUGCUGCAACCUCUGGAUAUUGCAUUUUAUGGCCCAUUGAAGCGGUACUGGAGAAAUGUGCUGGACUUUUGGAAGUCAUCAUCAAAAAAGAAAUCCCAAACACUCAGUAAAGAUCAGUUUCCACGAUUACUUACCAAACUGUAUGAGAAACUAUACUCUAGUGUGGCUGAUACUAGUAAUAAUUUGACUGCAGGGUUAAGAAAAUGUGGAAUAUACCCUCUGAAUCCUACCAUGGUAAUGGCAAGACUACCUGAUGGAAUUUGUGACCAGUCUACAGAAAAGGAACUUGCACCCAAUGCAGUUGUGUCAGAGGCAGUCGUCAGCAUGCUCAAGGAAAUGAGAGGAGUUGAUGAGCCAGUGAGAAGACAGAGGAAAAGAAGAAUUAAUGUUGUGCCAGGAAAAAGUAUCUCUGCAUUUGACCUAUUAUUAGCAAGUAGUUCUACCCAACAGCAACAAAGCCAGAAGAGUAUUGUAGAGGAAGAUGACAAUGGUACAAGCAGCGAUGAAGAUGUGUGUGCAUUACAAUAAAAUAGUGAACACAAUCAUAGUGAACAUGAAGAUGAUGAGCAUGAGUAUGGGAUGGAAAUUUUGAAUGGUUCCUCAGACCAUGUUCUAGUAGAAGAGGCUUUUUGUUUGGUCAAGUUUCAAGUGAAGAAAUCCGUAAAACAUUAUGUUGGUAAGAUUAUAAAUGUGUCUCAAGAUAAUGUUGGAUCAACAUGUGAUGUAAAGUUUCUUCGGCACAGUCAUAAAAUGGCACUGAAGUUUUAUUGGCCCAAUGUAGCUGAUGAAGGAACAGUUUGCAAGGAAGACAUAGUGAGGUCAUUGAGUGCUCCAAGGGUUGAUAGACGAGGAUUUCUAAUUUUCAGUGAGAAUGAGCUAGAUUUGUAUCUAAAAACACUUCAUUAGAUGCAGUUAUGUGAUUUCAAACUCUGCAAAGUUGAAAUUUCUGGACUAAGAUAAUCUGAUAUAAAAAUAAGUAGUUUCUAAAAAUUUACAAACAAAAUUUGUGUGUUGUUGUGCUUUAAAUUUAAUGUUAUGACAUAAAAAACAUAAUUUAUUAAUUUACUUAGUUUGUGAAACCUAGCAGGUGUUCAAAGUUGAUUGUUAGCAAUAUUAGUUUGAAUGCCAGUAUAAAAUAAUGGUUGUUCAAUGUUACCCCAAUUGCAGGGAAACAUUGAACACUGCAUUUUUAUUUAAUUUUAAUAGUAAUUUUUUUUUAUCUGACCAACUAAACUAUGGUAUCAUUUUGGCUUCAUGGUCCUCCUAUUUUGGUGAAAAAAAUUUCAAUUAAUACAUUGUAAAUAUAAAUUAUAUUUAAUAAAAAAGUCAAAAAGUGUUCAAAGUAUCCCCAGUUUACGGUACUUCAGUCUUUUAGAUGUUGUUUUUUUCAUGAUUGAUUGAUUUGCUAAGUUAUAUCAAAAAGAUGAAUUUUCCUAGGUAAGAUUAUGGUGGUAGUUUUUCUUUAUUUAAAAUUGACAAAGUUUUCAUCACACAACUUUACAAUAAAAAAUAAGUCAGAAGUAACUAACUGUCAUGUAAGGAAGUAAUUUUUCUUAACAGUUUUAGGUCAUCGGCAAACAGAAAACCAAUACAUGUUGUGGUUUAUCUUUUUAAUUAUAUAAUGAAUAAAAUUUUUAAUAAAAAAGUCAAUUGGGUACUUCCUCCUUGAACCCCAGAACUAACAACAUAUAAUUCCAAUUUAAAGUUAUUGACUGAAACGCAGAAACAUCGUUCAGACAAUGUAUUGAACCAUUUUAAUUAUUUGGACCUUAAUCCAAUAUUAGAUUCUUUUGUUAAUUUAACAUUUAUUGUGUCAAAAUCUUUUGCUAAAUAAAAAUAGCAAGCAUCCAUGUGAUCACGUGUUAUUACUUCAGAAUAAAUAGAGUUAAAUCAAUGCCAAGUGGACUUAGCGCUCGUUAAAGUAUACAGUUGUGCAGCGCAUUGUACCAUAUUGGUGAAGUUGGUUGUCAAAUGUGCUUUCGUAUGGUAGCUUUCAUUUUCAGAAGGCGUCUACUAUUAAAUAAAUUUAUAUUUGAUUUUGAAAACGUGUGGACUUUGUGCCAGAGAUGGCUGAAUGUUGGUUGUGGCUCGUGAGUGAUUGACAAAACAAAUAUAAUUUCAGGCCUAUGCGACAUACAUCCUAACUCUAGUGAUGAGGUUGAUUUGAAAUGAAAGGUAUCACUUCGGUCACAUGCAACGCACAUUUGUUAUGUUCUCAUAGAUCGAGAUUAUAAUAAAGAAGUGUAUGUAUUUGCACGCAAGGAAAAAUGUAUGGUUUUGUUGUGUUUUUUUAUGCCAUGCUGAAUAGUUUGCCCAGUCAUAAAUCUUUCCACAUGGGAUACAUUUUAUAUGUGGCUUCAGGAAAGAAAAUGCACAUUAAAAUUUGUGUAUUAUAAUUAAAUGUAGCUUGAACUAGGGUAAUAUUUAUAUGAGGUGUGUAUCAGCUGUGGCAUUUUGUUGUUUUAUGCUACAUGUACUUCAAGUUUCCCUCAGCUGUCAACUACGUUUCCACCUCCUUGCAGGAGGAAACCAUCCUAUUUUCCAUGGUUGUAAAGUUGGGCUUUGUGACAUGGGCAAAUGGCAGACAAAGAAAAAAUCCUUCCAUCAGCUUGUGCGGGAAUACGUCGUGUGCAUAAUAUAGUAUCUGCACUGUGGUGUAAUAGUCAGUUACUGCUGUUACAUGUAGGAUACGCAAUGGUGUACAGCAUCAUUAAGUACUUCUCGGUGGUUGCAUGAAUAUCACAGAAUCACAGAAUUCUUCAUAGUCUGUAGUAUCUUAUUUCUUAAAACCGGUAUAAAUUUUAAUCAUAAAUAUAUAUGCCAUUAAUAAUUCCUAUCACUAACGUGUUUUAAACAUAAGCACCAGGUCUCCAAGCUACUGUGUAUUUAUUUUAAGUGCAAUCAAAUAUAUAAAGCCUUUGCUUGUUUAAAAUCAAUGCAUCAUUUCAAAGUGAUCAAAAAAAAAUUUUUUUUUUGUCAGACAGGCAAUGUGUUACAUAGAAGAAAAUUAUGUAAAUUUGCAUUAUGACUUAGUCACACCUGUAAGUGGUUAAUAAAAUCUUUCAAUUUUGUAAUUUAAAAUGUGCUAAAGUUGUACUAAAAGUCAUUGAAUAAGCUUCAUAGUGGUGAAAAAAUGUUAAAAUUAAAUAUUUGAACAAUUGCAAAACAUCAACUGGUUUUACACCUUAUGAAUGUAAUUAAGUUUGGUUUGAAAAAUUUUAUAAACCAAAACACAAAAAUGUUAUAAUGUGAAAGUGUAGUAUUAUUUAAAUUCUCAGUUUAAGAAAGUAAUUUCAAGAUAGCGCACAUCACCACGAAACGGUAACAGUUCCAAACAGAGUAAACUGUUUGGCUAUAUUGCCACUGAAAUGUAUGGAUCCUGAGGGGGGAAAAAAACAGGGACAUAACGUAUUAACCUGUAUAGAGGCCGACCCCUACUUUCUCCAACAAAAAAUUACAAAAUUCAUUUUUCUUCAUCAGAAUCCUUUCUCUCCACAUGUUCUUAUAAAACCUACAUUGGCGAACUGCUGCACAGUUGUUCGUCUGUUUGGCAUAAUGUACUACUAUGAAUUUAUAAUUACUAUUAGAAGAGUUUAUUCCUGGUUUUGGAACCUGGGAUGCAGAUGUACCACAUUUUUGACAUAAUCAUUAAUAACAGAUAAAUAAUUAUAAAUCUUAUGAAAAACUGAAAUGCAAAUUUCAGUUAUGCACAACGUUUCUACCAUACAGUUCAGGUUAAUGUUAAAUUUAAGAAGAAAUUUUUUUUUAACUGUAAACAAGUACAUUGUGAGAAAUAAUAUUCAUUGGGUCCGUUCUUUUAGCUAACAUAAAUAAUAACCUGUACUUAACUUUUUAUUAUAUUUUUUUUUUCAGACUUCUAGGCAGAUGUAAUGGAACAUACCUUGCUUGUAACCAUAUUCUUUCCUUUGUAGUUUGGUUAGCCUGCAUCCAAAUACCCUGUUUACAUUUUUUUUUUUCCCUGUUGACAGAGGAAAAAACACACACAUACUGAAAUUUAUUUGAUUCUGGUUUAUAUGCUUCAAUUUUAGUUUAGGAUAUUUCAAUUUUUUGAAAUAUAAUUUUGCAGUCAAGAAGUCAAAAAUGAGGUGGUAGUAUAAAAGCUUAUGCUGUACUGUAUGUACUGUAUUUUUAGUGUUUAUGACCAUUCUGUGAUAACAUUGUUUAUUCGUAUAAAAUUUCGUGUUUUUCAGAAUAUUUUAUUGCAUACAGUGUAAACUCUUUAUAACGUCACUCGAUUUAAGAUAAACUACUUAAAACGUCGAAAUUGCUUGACUUUGGUUGGUUUACCUUGUUUUUUAUACAAUAAUACACUCUAUAUAGCGUCACGCUCACUCUAUUUAACGAAAACAAUACGGCAUUAUAAAUCAUUUGGCAGUACUUUCUAUGUUUCAGAAGUUGAUAAUACUGCAGCUGUGUACGUUCUUUUGUUUGCUGUUUUGUUGUAUUAUCUAGCACGUGUUUACUUCGACUGACGUACUGGGGAUUCUAAGAAAUUUUGUCUUUUGUUUUUGUAUGAUGAACUUGCUCAUGUUUACCUUGGUCACUAGACUUUUGUAAAGUUGUUACACGUUAUCAUUAUCGCAGUUGCUUACAGACUUUCGAACUGUAAACAUGGCGAGUAAAUGAAAUCUUUGUGUAUUGACAAAAAAAGUGUUAUUAAUACGCUCAAUAGAGGCGGGAGAAAAGAUCAGUGAUGUUGGAUUUAGCUGAUCUACCGUGUCUACAAUAUGGAAAAACAAGGAAAAAAUUCUGUAAGCAGAGGAUGGAAAAUCUGCUAAGAAAUUAAAGAAACCUCAAUACGAAGAUCUGGAUCAAGCGAUGCUAUCAUAGUUUUAUAGACAUGUAAAAUGUGUACUAUAUUAGUAAAUACAUUUUAUUAUAGAAUAGUAAAAUUAUAUCUUUUAUUUCUCUCCAUUUAACGACCACUCUCUAUAACGCCGAAAAAUGCUCAGUUAGUUAAGCGUCGUUAUAUAGAGUUUACACUGUAUGUUAAAAAAAGUGUGCAUUUCGUGUUUCUAGUCAUUUUUUUUUUUUUUUUCAUUUUCACGACAAGUGCAUGUCCUAAAUUACUGCACAUUAAAAAUUAUGGAAUUGUGUAUGUUUUUUAAAUGUGUUUUGAUUGUAAUGUGUAUUGUAACAUAAGUGUUAUCUUGCCAGUUAGACUAAUGAAACCAGGGGAAAAUAUUAGGUGAGACAGGAAAACUUGGAGAAAUUGGGUGGAUAAGUGAUGGAAAUCUGGGGGGGAAAAAUGGGAGUGAAAACAUAAUAUAAAAGCUUAGUAAAAUUACUUCAUAUAUUUUAAGAGCUUAAAACCCUCUUUACAUGGUUUUUUUUUUUUUAAAUUUUAAUUAAAUAAAGUACUCAAACAACUUACUAACAUUCCUAAAAAAAAAACUAACAAUUGUUCUUUAAAAGCAAUAAGAUAACACUUAGGUUAUCAUUUCAUCAGUACAAUUUCAUACAGUAAGUAUACUUCAAAUUUUAAAACUAGCUGCUCAUAGCUGAAACAUUUCUAACCUAUGAUUCUGGAAUAGAGAUGCCACAUGGGUAAAUCACAGAGGUUGUAAAACUAGGGUUUGAGAUUAAAUUAAAGGUAAUCAUUGUAGCUAUAAAAAGGGAAUCACAUGGGAGCAUUGUAGAAUUUGUAACAAUGUAUGCUUUUUUUGUGUGUUUACGAGUAAUUCUGUAUCCAAGCUGGUUAUAUAUUACUUGGUAUUCAAAAUUCAGUGCUAAUUAGAUAAUUUUCUCCAAUUUCAUGUAUUACGUGUGUAUGGUUUUACUUUUAAUAUUUAAGAGUUUUAUACAAGAAAUAUUUCUAAAAAAUAUGGACCAGAGUUUUUUUUUUUUGUCCAAGCUCAUUUGAUAGCAUUACACUCAGUUAUGUACUCAGAAAAUGAUAGCAUCUUUAAACUUAGUGGUAGUUCCAAUUUUUUUUUUUCAGUAGCAAAAAAAUUACAAAAGAGACAAUGAACCAAAGCCUUAAUUUUUGGUCACUAAGUUUGUGGGUACUAGUGACCUGUGACUAGUUCAAUUGAGAAAAUGUCACAAAAUAAACUUCUCUGACCUUGUACACUACUUUGUCAAAUGUUGGAUUUAAUAUUGUAUGGCUGAGCACAGGGACUUGAGAUGAUGGGGCAUCCAAUAUUUUGAACCAUUUAAGCAGAAAUUCUUUGCCCAUAAAUUGAAUCAUGUCUGGGAUUGGGUUUAAACAACCAACCAUUUCCUAAUGACCAUUUUGUCUCUGUGAUCAUGCCACCUAGGACUCGACCCUAUUUUAGUAAUUUUACAAUAAAAUUGGUU